AUGGCCACCCUCGAAGACCAUAACUACACGAAAAUGGAGAAGCCGCAGAGGCCGCAGAAGCCGGCUAAAAAACAGGCUGACAAGCUUGGAGAACCGGUGAUUUGGUCCAUUCCGGAGGUCCCAGUCACGCAGCAGCGUAGACCGUUCUUGCAACCAGAGGAGGAUCAGAAGCUGGUACACACGGUUCUCUCGGUCUUCAUCAUCCACGGCAACUUUUCUUAUCCGACAGUGAGCGGAUAUUUGCCGGACCCUCUCUUCCGCAUCUUUCUCGACAGAGUCCACAAGGACAAGCACGGUAGUGACACUAACACGUACGAUACCGAGGGUCGAUUCAAUCCGCAGAAGUUUGAGGAUAUCUUUUCCAAGUACGCCGAGGGAAGAGACUACAUGACAAUCUGGGACGUUUUUGCGAUGCUGAAGGGUCAAAGGCUCGUUGCUGAUCCAAUUGGUUGGGGCGGUGCAUUCUUUGAAUACGGCAGAAUGACUAAGGAAGAUAUUCGAGGUAUCUACGAUGGCAGCCUCUUCUACACCAUUGCUGCUCGCAGAGCUCAGAAGUAA